GCUACAUUAAGUGUACGCGGGAACUACGACGGAGUAGGAUGAAGUGUCGUUUGACGUUCUUAAAUUUACUUCACUUAUUAAUAUUCGUGCAAUGUGAACUGUUUUGGAAUUUCCCACGUAAUUCAAGGGAAGUUUUUCAUGUGUAUGUGAAUGAAAAAGCACAUACUAUACAAGUAUUUCCGUCAAUUCAAGUUAAACUAACUAAUGAUUCAAAACUAUGUUCCAUCUCAUUACUAUCAUCUGGCAGAAAUAGUGUUCCUAACUUUAUUCAUGGUAAUGUUUUAAACCAAGAGAAAGGAUAUGGUUAUUUAACUUUCAAUGAAACAUCAUAUCGUCAUGCUAAAAGUUUGGGUAGUUUAGAAGCUAGAACAGGAUUUUAUCAUUUGAAAAUAAUAGCUGAAGACUGUUCUCAUCCAACAAAGUCGACAAAAUCUUGGCCAAUUACAUUUGAACAUAUUCAAUCUGAUUUACCAAUUUGGUCUAAAACAAAAUAUGCAUUUGAAAUAGGUUCAUUACAUAGACCAGGUCAUGAAGUUGGUAAAGUGACAGCAUACACAUCAGCUAUAAAUAUGACAGAAAAUGAUAAUUUUUUAUACGGUGAUGAUACAGGUAUGUGCGCCUAUACAAUACAAGAUCCAAGUUAUUCAUUCGCAAUUGAUGGGCACGGUGUUAUCCGAUCUUUAAUAAGAUUUAAUAAUCAUACAGAUAUGUUAUAUGAAUUCAAUGUAACUGGAUUCGAUUGUCAUCUUCCAAUACCAUACAGUUCUACAGUACCGGUAACAGUUUAUGUAAAAGCAGUAUGUGUAUCACAAUGGAAUGGUAUCCCUAAAGAAAUUGAGUAUUCUGCAUUAUCAAAUCCAUAUCCAUUUGCAUUGAAUGCGAAAUUUUUAAUUUGUCCACAAACAAAUAAUAAUUUUACUCAUCUUAUUAAUACUGAUAAUGAUGAUACAAUGAAUGAUAGCUCUGAUCAUUUAAGUGAAGGAAUCACUGAAUAUGAUUAUUGUCCAAUAGAACAAGUAACAAUACGUAUGAAAAUUUUAUGGAGUAAAGAAGAUAUUAUUAUAAAUGAUGAUCAAACUAUUCAACCAUCUUCAUCAUUAUCGGCGGCGGCAGCAACAACAAUAGCAUCUUCUUCUUCAGAAUGUGAUUUAGAUUAUUAUUCAAUAAUGGCUAAUCGUAAAACAUGCAUCGAUUCUUCUCAAAGUAAAACUAUCGAUCUAUUACCAGAUAUUGAUGAACAACAACAAUUCAAUCAAAAUAAUCAUAUCAAUUUACCAAUUAUUGAAACCAUUCAAGGAUUAAAUGAAUUGCCUAAAAUCAAUAAAAAAGGUUAUCCAUCUGGUAUUUAUUAUUUUAAUGGUUCCAUGCAUUUUGAUUUAAACAAAUUUCAUAAAUUACAACGAUUUGAUAAUCAAUUAUUUACAAUCAAUUUUUGGAUGAAACAUUCACCAAUAUUUAAUAAACAAUAUAAUGAAAAGAAUUUACUGAAUAAUCGGGAGAACAUUUUAUGCAGUUCCGAUGAAUAUGAAAAGAAUCGGCAUCAUUUCGCUGUGUUUCUGCACAAUUGUAAACUGGUUGUAUUGAUACGUCGUGAACCAACCAAUGAAUUCACCCUAUAUUCUGAUUCGUCUCAAUUACUUCCAUCUCAAUGGCGUUUCGAUGUCGACGAAGUAUGCGAUUCGAAUUGGCAUCAUUAUUCGUUGACCUAUCGUCCCCCAGAAACGACACUUGUAAAUGGACAAAAGACACUUGCAUCCAACUCAGAAAGUGAUAUUGAAGUCAGUAUAUUGUGA